GCCGGGUCGGGGCGCGGGGCCCGGCCUGCACUAUAAAGCUCGCGCCCGCAGCAGCUCCCGCUCCAGCUCUCCUGAACCUGCCGUAGCUCUCGCUAUCUCCUGCAUCGACUCGGAGGCUCGGACAGCAGCAGCAGCGGCAGCAGCAGCAGUUACCAGCAGGCACGCCAGGCACCCAGUUUAACAGCCAAAAUGUGUGACAAACCAGACCUCUCUGAAGUGGAAAAAUUUGACAAGAAAAAGCUGAAAAAGACCAGCACAGAAGAGAAGAAUACUCUUCCUUCCAAGGAAACCAUCGAACAGGAGAAGGAAAGCGUUCAGUCUUCCUAGGGAUGGGGCGUCCCUUCCCAGCAACAGAAUCGAGUGCUUCCAGAGUUUAUUGUUUCGCCUUUAAUAGUCUUUGUUUGCUUAGUUGUUUAGUCUUUUAGACUGCUUUCAUCUCUUUACCCAGUGUUACCCAACCAUCCUCCAUCCUGUGCUUAUCUGAAGAGGGAGAUGCUUCACGAGAGGAAAAUAAGAAAGGUGUUAACAAUGCUAAAAGUGUUAACAAAGAAAGCUUGUGAAUGUGCAGACCAUUUAUCAUAUUAGGCUUAUGCCUCAUUUCACUCCCUUCCUUUCCCUUCCCCGCCCCGCUCCAUUUUCUGUGCAUUGCUUAUAGGGUAAUUAGUGCUUUUUCCUUGCCUUUACAAUUAUUCAAUUUUCUUCUAUACUUAAUGUAGUAUCUAAUAAGAAAUAAAUGUUAUGGAUUGUGGUGGAAA